AUGGGCAAUGUGAUGGAUGGGAAGUCCGUGGAGGAGCUGAGCAGCACCGAGUGCCACCAGUGGUACAAGAAGUUCAUGACUGAGUGCCCCUCCGGCCAGCUCACCCUCUACGAGUUCCGCCAGUUCUUCGGUCUCAAGAACCUGAGCCCGUCGGCCAGCCAGUAUGUGGAGCAGAUGUUUGAGACCUUUGACUUCAACAAAGACGGCUACAUUGACUUCAUGGAGUACGUGGCUGCGCUCAGCCUGGUCCUCAAGGGGAAAGUGGAACAGAAGCUGCGCUGGUACUUCAAGCUCUACGACGUCGAUGGCAACGGAUGCAUCGACCGCGAUGAGCUGCUCACCAUCAUCCGGGCCAUCCGAGCCAUUAACCCCUGCAGCGACUCCACCAUGAGUGCCGAAGAGUUCACCAAUACAGUGUUCUCCAAGAUUGAUGUCAACGGGGAUGGGGAACUGUCCCUGGAGGAGUUCAUCGAGGGCGUCCAGAAGGACCAGAUGCUCCUGGACACGUUGACACGGAGCCUGGACCUCACUCGCAUCGUGCGCAGGCUCCAGAACGGCGAGGAGGAGGAGGGUGGGGAGGGGGCAGGCGGUGGGGAGACUGAGGCAGCCGGCUGA